CUCUCCUGAGUCUUCUCACUGCACCUGAGUCCUCUCUACUGACACCAUGGGUUGCUCUGGCUGUGGAGGCUGUGGUGGCUGCAGUGGCUGCGGUGGCUGCGGUGGCUGUGGUGGCUGUGGUAGCUGCAACAGCUGCACCACAUGCAGAUGCUACCGGGUCGGCUGCUGCUCCAACUGCUGCCCCUGCUGCCGUGGCUGCUGUGGGGGCUGCUGCAGCACCCCUGUGUGCUGCUGCCGCCGCACCUGCUGCCGCUCCUGUGGCUGUGGCUCCUGUGGCUGUGGCUCCUGUGGCUGUGGCUCCUGUGGCUGUGGCUCCUGUGGCUGUGGCUGUGGGAAGGGCUGUUGCCAGCAGAAGUGCUGCUGCCAGCAGAAGUGUGGCUGCAAGAAGCAAUGCUGCUGCUAGGUGGGUGGGUCUGCAGGAGCUGCUGGGAGUCAGCUGCUUCUCAUUGCUCAGAACCCUUCCCCUCCUGGCUGCUCCCUGCUAUCUCCCCGUCACCUGGGCUUUAGGGCACAUUUCUCCUUGACGUUCCCGCUCUGUAGCUUAAGAAGUCAUUUUCAUUUUUAUAGUCUCAGGGAUAUCUUCUACAAUGUCAUCCAGAGCAAAGGUAGAAAACCUCCUGGCAAUACUUCUGUCGGGACUGAGGCACUUAGAUGCUGCUCAUUGGGCUGCCCUAGGGGAGUCUGUAGCUGUGGAUGGGGGAUGAUUCUUGAUUUUGGUCCUGUCUGCUAUUUCCAGACCCACCAGCCCUGCUGUGAGGGACUGAUCUCUUCUAGUUCUGUCUUUGAAUCUUGGUUUUCUGUGAUCCUUCCCAAUUGAAGAGUGUCGAAACCAGUAUGACCAGUUACAUUCAAAGAUACAAGUGCCUCUCUGUACCUGAACACCAACCCUAUGGGAUCUAGACCAAUGGGAUCUAGAUUCUCAAUAUUUUGCUCCUAGCAUGUGUUUAUGGCUUCUGUAUACCAACAUCCACCUUUCCUGACUGUGAGUACAGUGGAUUCCUGAUUUCUCUGUUGCUGCAUUGUAUUUCCACAAUCUUUCAAUGUCUAAUAAAUAAAUGAUACUAAGUUGACCUUAAAAUAUUGACUCACAAAAGUCUCUUAUUUGGUAACUACUUCUGAGAAAGGAUAGAGGUUCAAUAUUGAGUAGAGAGGAAAUAAUUUUUGUAUCAAUGAAUUUACUGUGAAUUUGAACUACUUUUGUAAUGGCAGAUCUACAUCAAUCAAUGUUUGCCAGGCGUGGAGGCACACACGUGUAAUCCCAAAGGCUGAGGAGGUUGAGGCAGGAGGAUUGCAAAUUCAAAGCCAGCCUCAGCUAUUUAGUAAGGCCCUAAGCAACUUAGCAAAAUCUAUCUUAAAAUAAAAAAUAAAAGGGACUGAGGAUGUGGCUCAGUAGUUAAGCAUCCCUGGGUUCAAGUCCUGGUACCAAAAAAAAAAGAAAGAAAGAAAACAUCAUUAAAUUUUUAAUAUUUCAUCUGUUUUGCAUCUAUAUUGAGACCUGAAAUAUUUUUUUUCAAAAAUGGUAAAUUAACUUAUAAUAAUAGCCAUGUGUGCAUGUGGAGGUGUAAACACACAAAAACACACACAUACACACACAAAUGACAAAAUCCACCUUGGGCAUCAGAAUUUCUGCCCUUGUUAUUCAUGCAUAUUUCCUCAUAGGAAAAAAUAAUUCUAAUAAAAAUAUGGAUUUCCCAUAUAAUUCAAAUUCAACUUGGGAAAGGUAUCUUUUUGACAAAGGGAAUUCUGUAAUUGAAUUUAAAACUUAGUUUAGUCACAAAAGAUGGAUUCCCCCAGAUUUUUAGCCAAGUCCAGGUCUACCUACAAUCUAAAUGUUCUCUAUAACAGAACACAACCCUGCUCCUGAUUUAGAAUUUCAUUUUCACAUUCGAUGUAAACAAAUCAGCCUUUGGAGCUCUGAAGCUUUCACGUGAGCUCUGUCUGCCAUCCUUUUUGCAACAACGAAGUGUUUAGGAGGGAAGUGUCAUGGGCAACACCACAGCAAUCCUGCACUAAAAGGACAUGGCUA